AUGAUGUUCGAAAAGUGUGGAAAUAGCAAUUUAUGUGGGUGUCUGUCUAUAUCAUCUGAAAAGAUACGAGACGGAUCAAAAAAACUGAAAGUACAGCUAGAGGGACCAAAACAAGAGAAAAAAGCAGAAUCCGGAAUGCAAGAACAGCAGGAAAAGCAAGAAAAACAGAAAGAGCAAGAGAGGCGGGAAAAACCGGUACCAUCAACCUUUACACCUGAGGACGGUGUCAGUUAUCAGGAGUCAACAGCCCCGACUGCCUUCUUUGUUUUCCUAUACGAAUAUCGGCGCAAAAUUAGAGACAUUUCUUUUACCGCUAUUUUCAGGCAAACUACAAUAAGUCGCUGCGCUGGUAAAAAAUGGCGACAAAUGUCAAAUGAGGAGAAACAGCCCUACAUACAUUGGGCUAAGAAAAACCGGGAAAAGUUACGGCAUGUCCUAAAAACGAAAAAUGAUAUUCUAAAACGCCCUAACCUAUCGACAGCCUGUGCAAAACGGCACUAUUCGAAAGGAAGUCCAUAG